GUCAAAAAAUUCUACACACCAGCAGUGUGAGGAGACCUGAAAGUGGCACAUGGCAUGGCAGAGUGUGGCGAUGGGAGACAGCAGCAAUGGGAGGCCCGUACAGGGGACCCAUGACAGACUUGGACCUGGCAGCAGCAUGAGGAGGCGGUAUAUAGGGGCCCAUGGCAGAUUAGGGGCCUGGCAGCAGCUAUGGGAGGCCCGUAAUCUGCCAGCACCCUAUGUCAAAAAAUUCAACACACCAGCAGUGUGAGGAGACCUGAAAGUGGCACAUGGCAUGAGAGACUGUGGACCUGGCAGCAGCAUUCUGAGGCGGUAUAGGGGCCCAUGGCAGAUUAGGGGCCUGGCAGCAGCUAUG